CCCAUCGGGAACGGCUCGCCCGGAGGAGGAGGCCGAAUCCCGGCCCCGUUGGAGCAGGGGGUGGUGUCCGCCUUCAAGCAGCUCUACAAGCGGGAGUUGCUCCGCCUGGCCGUCUCCUGCGUGGCCGGUGGCUCCGGUGGCCCCAUGGACUUUGUGCGGUCCUUCCUCCUCAAGGACAUGUUGUACCUGGCUGGUCUCUCCUGGGACCUCAUCCCGCCCGGCUCCAUCGAGAAAUGUUGGCUGCUGGGCUUGCGCGCCGCCUUCGAGCCCCAGCCCGGGGAGGAAGAGCAUGGAGAACCUCCACACGGGGAGGAAGGUGGCGGUGGUGGGGACAGCAAAGUCUUCAGCGACCUGACCCACCUGGCCGCCUUGGCCUACAAACGCUUGGCUCCUGAAGAGGUGGCCGACUGGUUGCACUUGGAUGACGCAGCCCCGGGGACGGAGGAGGAUGAUGGGGAAGAAGAUGCUGAGGAGGAAGGCCCGGGGGGCUGUGGGGCAGAAGAGGAGGAGGAGGAGGUGGCAGGUGGUGGAGAUGGGGAUGGCAGGAGGGUUGGGGAAGGAGGGGAUGGCUUGUUGCCCACGGCUCGGGAAGCCAUCAAAGGUCUGGAGACAGCGUUGCGUUGGCUGGAGGGUCAGGACCCCCGGCAAGUGGGGCCACUGAAGCUGGUGCAGCUCCGUUCCCUCAUCAGCAUGGCCCAGCGGCUGCACCGCGGUGGUAGCCCCCAUUCCUAG